AUUCAAAAAUCAUAAGAGCUCAGAAUGUCCAAGAACAAUGGGAAAAGAAUUGUAUGGGUCAGGCAAGAAGACUCCCCUUCUCCCGAACCAGUGGAGCAAAUGGUUUUAUCCGAACUCGUGAAGAUUCGAGAUCAGCUAAAAGUGCAGCUGUCUUGUGUUGCCGAGCGAGAGACUGCCCUGAGGGAGAGAGAAGAGAGGAUGAAUGAGUUGGAGGGUCUAUUGGCCAGCACUCAGGAAUCACUCACACACUACAUUGAGCAAGAGGUCCAACGAAGACUCAAGGAAUACCAGAAGGAAAUGGAGAAAAUGGAACAAAAUUUUCAGCUGAAGGUCAAAGAGAAUCAACGACUGAAAAGCUCUUUUGAGACGAUUCGAACAGCGAAUAAAAAUAUGAAGCAACAAAUGGAUACCCUGAAGACUGAGAAAGAUCGUCUAGUGAGCCAGCUGUCUAGUACGCAGGGUCGACUGAGGAGCGUACAGAGGAAGGUGGAGCACAGCCAUAGACUGAGGACUACUCCUCAACCCAAUCAGGUGUCUGUCAGUACCCAAACGUUACCAUGGAGUUCCCCACUCUCCACCCCCUCCACAAUUGUGUCUAUCCAAGUCACCUCCCUGCUCAUGACACUGGUCACUGAGGCACUCUCCAACCCUGAUAAGUUGAAGCCUCCAGUCAAGAAGCUUCUUCAGCUCUCCUCUCAGUUGUUGCCCUCACUGGACCCUAGUCUGGAGCUGCCCUGCGUUCAGUUUCUCUAUUGUGUGCUCAUGCAGACCAGCAAGCAAGAGAAAUCCCAACUUACAACGACACUGAGGAGGAUUACUGAGCAACUUUAUCAACAAAAUGUGUGUAGGUUUUAUAGGAGCAGUGAUUUGAUUGUCCUUACAUUCUCCAUGCUUGCUAUUCUAAUCACCGCAUCUCAAGUUGAUGUGGUCUGUGAAGUAUUGCACAAGUUGAAGGACACUCUAUCAGAAAGUGGACAGUGCAGGGAGCUGUUUUUGACAAACUCUGGUGUUGAGCAGCUGGUGACUCUAGCCCACCCCGUUAAUAAAGUGACUGUUACCCUCAUUGUGGACAUACUAUUGCAGCUGUCCGUGGAGUCAUCUCUCCUUCCCCGGUUUCUAAAGGCAUGUGCCAGUGACGAGUGGUUCUCCAUGGCUGUCCACAUCCUCUCUCAUCACUCCUUUCUGCAACUACACACUCUGGAUAAAUUGAGCAUCCUCCUGCAAAGACUCUCCAAAGUCAAGAACUACAAACGGUAUUUUGAAGGAUCCAAGAUGCCAGCACUAUUGAAAAAGAUUCUGGCUACUGAUGGAUUGCAAGCACAAGCUCCAUUCUUAGCUCUGAACUUACAAUCAACUCUCAUGAACCUAACAGUAUACAGUCUUUAGUAUAGCUAAGUUAUAAGAAGACAGUAAGUGGUGUCCCUUGCAAUUAUUAAAUGGUGUUUUACAAUGUAGAUCUAUAAAAAACUG